AUGGAAAUGCAAAGAAAUUGUAAUUAUAUAAGAGAUUUACUUUUAGUAAAAAAAAUUAUAGAUUAUAAUAAUGGAUUCAUUAACACAAUGAUGAUGCAUUGUGCCGAUAUAGAAGUUUUCAAAACUCUUUACCAAAGAAAUGAUUUACAAGAUUAUAAUACAUUUUUAAAAUUAUUAAAAUUAAUUAUUAAAAAAGAUAACAUAUUUGCAUUAUUUGCAUUUAGUGAAUCAUUAAAUAUUAUUUUAAAAGAAAAUAUUCAAUUAUUAAAAAAAUGGAUACAAAAAUAUAAUUCAAAUAAUUCUAAAUUCUUUAUGAGAUUUUAUUUAAAUAUUGAAUUCCAAUAA